AUGGACAGAAUACAAGAAGGCUAUGCCAGCCCGGCACCACCAGGAGAUUCAGAGAGGAGCCCAACUGGAGGACAAGACCCAGGACUAACUGUGUUGGGAAAAACACAUGAGUUUUUUCAGAUUUGUGAUCUGGAAGGCAAAGGAUUCAUCACUUGUCGAGAUAUGUAGGUAAAACCAAAAUUGUCUAUUUUUUAUGCGCAAAGUCCUGAUAAAUUUAUACUUCAGGCCACAUUUUGGGGGGGGCAGAUUGCUUUGAACAAUGAGAUGAUGCAACAGCCAGAAGAUGAAACAGCCUGCACAUUUAAAUGUGAAGAGACCAUGAGUGAUGAUGAGGAUAAAGAGUUCCACUUCUCAAAUCUGAUGAAUCAGCUUGGAGCUAAAAAGGUUUUAGAUGAUGAGAGUGAUGUGAAGCACCUUUGGUUGCAGCUGAGAAAAGAUGAACCUCAUUUACUUUCCAAUUUUGAAGAGCUCCUGGUCAGAACUUUUUCUCAGCUCCAAGAAGCAGAUAAUGAAAAGAAUGAGUUGGAAUGAAUUGUAAAGAAGAGAAUUGCUGCUUAUGAUAAAGAAAUUCAACAUCUCUAUGAGGAAAUGGAACAGCAAAUCAAAAAGGAGAAGGAGCAGUUUCUCUUGAAAGACACAGAGAGGUUUCAGUCCUACAGUAAAGAGCUGGAGUGCAAGCUCCUGUCAAAAGAAGAAGAAAUGGAACAAUUGGUUAAAAACCAGAAAUGGGUUUACCACCAGUGUACAAACCUUCUCACUGGUAAAGAAGAAACCAAAGAAGAGAACACCAAGCUGAAGCUGACUAACCUGGAGAGAACAUCUCACAAACAACAGUUACAGGUGCUUCAGGAGGAGACAUCAAGACUAAAUGAGGAGAAGGAAAUCCAUUCAUUUGAAGAUUAUGAUGUUUUCAACAACUCAAAAAGAAGGAAUUCUGCUGGACUGAAUGGAAUUCUCUUUGUAGAGCUUGAUGCUGGAGCCAUUGGAGGAAUAUCUAAAGCAUCGCAUCUCCAAAGAAUAUCAAUUGAGGAAGAUCACCUGCCCCAGCUUCUUGACAGGGUGGUUGAUAAGCAGAUGAACAGAUAUACUAGAGAAGAUGAGAGUACCUCUGAGAUGGAAAUAGAUAAGAAAAACAAACAAUCAAUGGAACACUCACCAUCAUCUUCUAGAGAGCAGCCUGUAAGGGUGUUACUGUCAAACGAGAAGAAAAUACACUCUGUCCCAGACAGCUUAUUCAAGAUUAUUUUCAUGGGCAAUUCGAGUGUUGGAAGGACUUCAUUUUUAAGGUGGUUUUGUGAAGAUAGUUUUUUCCCAGGCACAGCUGCUACUAUAGGUGUGGAUUACAAUGUGAAAACCAUUACAGUAGAUAAUACCCAGGUAGCCCUGCAACUCUGGGACACUGCUUGCCAGGAAUGGUACAGAAAUAUUACCAAGCAGUUUUUCAGAAAAGCUGAUGGUGUCAUUGUGAUGAAAAAUAUAACAGCAAAAGAUACGUUCAUAGCUGUCAAGCAGUGGCUGAUAAGCAUCAAGGAGGUAACUGGGGAUAAUGUACCUGUGCUUUUGGUGGGUAAUAAAACUGAUAAUGAAAAGGAAUGUGAGGUUCCUAUGGGAAUGGGAGAGCAUCUUGCUAAGGAUUACAAUUUGAUUUUCUAGGAAUGCAGUGCCUAUUCUGGAUACAAUACCAAAAAGUCUGUGCUUCACUUAGCUAGGAUUUUAAAAGAACAAGACGAUAAGGUGAAAGGAACCAUUGAACUUCAAUCUGAUACAAAUAAAAAGUCUUACUGUAUCAGGUCAUAA